AUGCCUGCCACCUUCACUAUCCUCUAUCCUAACGAGGCCGAUGCCAAGUACGACAUCGACUACUACGUCAACAGCCACAUGCCUCUUGCCGCUGCUACGUGGGCGGCCGCCGGCGUGAAGUCCUGGAAGGUCACCAAAUACGCGGCGUCCGCCGACGGAAAGGAGCCCAAAUAUGCUUUCGGCGGCAUCCUCAUCUUCGACAGCGUCGAGAGCAUUCAAAAGGCGCUUACUUCGCCCGAGACGGCUAAGGUCCUGCAGGAUGUCCCCAACUACAGCAACAAGGAGCCCGUCUUCUUGAUCGGCGAGGACGCCAAGGAGGUCACUCUUUAA